CUCUUCGUGCGCCUCGUGUUUGACCGUUGGCGGGGUCAUUUCAGUCAUCUGCUGCCCUCGUCUGCACGGGAGACAAAACACAACUGAUAAAAGCAGGCGGCUACGAUGGAUCCAGCGGAAGAGUCCCCCUCCAUGCUAUGGGGACUGGACCCGAUCUUUUCUUCCUUCGCCAGGCUAUAUGUGAGAGACAUCCUGCAGAUGACAGAGUCCACACAGGUCCCAGGUAUUUACUUCUACAACUCACAUCCAGUCUACAAAGUUGAUGUACUUGGGACAGUAGUUUACAAGAGAGAAAGAGAAGACUUCUUCUGUUAUGGAGUGGAUGAUGGUACUGGUGUUAUAAACUGCCUGUGCUGGAAAAAUGACCUAUUGAAAGAGGAGGAGGAUCCUGCUAAAUUUGGGGGAAAGCACAGUGAUGCAGCUCAUGGAGGCUUCAAUCCAGUCGCUGAGCUGAAGAAGCUGAGACAAGCCCAGCAGAACUGCUGCCGCCUGGAGAUUGGAGAGCUGCUCAGAGUUAGAGGACCAGUCAAGACGUCGAGGCAGCAGAGAGAAAUCAUCGCCUCCACCUACUAUAAAGUGAACGACCCAGUGAUGGCGGUCCAGAUAGCCUGGAUGAUGGAGGUUCCUGGGCUCUACAGAAAGUGCUAUGACAAACCACUCCAGCUGCAACAUAAUGCAAUGAGUGACUCAGCCAUCAGUUCCGUCAGCAAGGCAACAAAUAUCAUCAAGGAUUUCUUGAUGCAGAAGGUAGUGAGUAGGUUCAGACCCUAUGAUGUUCAGGACCUCUUACAGCCUCUUGUCUCCUGCCAGCCUGAAACAACAUCUGUUGACCAGGAACCUGUGGCAGGUCCGUCAGCCUGCCAGCAGCUACGCCAGCUUCUGAAGGAAAGCCUAGAAAUUUUAGAGGAUGAGGGCAUCAUAUACCGCAAGGUCAAGUCUCAGGAUGAAGUCUAUAAUGUGACUGCACAAGAUAAAGAUCUAAUCAUAGCUGUAAAAGGAAUUAUCAGGGAAGACUCAAAGAGAGAGAAGUAUGCAGAGAAGGGUUGCCACAUUCUGCACAUCCUGUCUGCAGUCAGGCAGCGGUACAGUCUCAAUGUGAGCAAAGCAGCACUGGAGCUGGUCCUCAAAUCCCUGGAGUGCAACAGUGACAUCGUCAGCACCACUGACAACCAUUACACUGUGUUUUAACACAAGCACAGUGGGGUUGGGAACCCUCUAUUACCAUGCAUACUAUUAGUAGCAUGGCUUAUUGCUCCAAAAUGUGAGUGACCAAUAUGAUUGGGUAAAUCAUGCGAUUUGUAUUCUUUUGUUCAUCAUGAUCCUUAUCCUGGCUACACAUUUGUUGUAUUUAAUAUUACUACUGUAUGUAAGUGUGCUAACGUGAAAUACAAAGUUAAGUAUAAAUCAUUUGAUAUUUGACAUAUCUAAGCUUUCAAGACCGCUGUUGAAAAUAUUUAUGAUAGUUUGGUAACUUUUUUCUAACCACUUAUUAAAUUGGCAAAAAAUAUAUAUUUUUUUAGACAUCAGCCAUUGCUUUGCUUGA